AUGUUUUCUUCAUGCAGAUCAACCAGCGCCAGUCUCCCUACUCAAUCUUUUUGGGGAAAGUUCAAGAAAAAAGACAAGGAAAGCGAGUUCCGGGAGAGGCAAGCCCAAAUGGCGCUUGCACGACAACGACUCCUCACACUUGCUUACGAGGAUAUGGAGACAGUGAGAGUGCUACCUAAUAGUUUCCCCGAACUCGAAGCGGUAGCUAGAGAUUGGACAAAACCUCCCCCAGAUGCCGUCUUCGGCCUGCGUGUUCCUGUUGAAUUCGCAUCCCUUCAUGCCUCUCGGCUGGUUUCCGGGCCUUAUAUCUAUUUGACAGGCGAGGAUUCAUACCAAAUUGCGAUAAUGGGCGUGCAGGGGCUGCGGGUGGAGAUCGUAAGCGACGCCCCUCCGCCACCUGAUGAACCACCGCCACCACCUCCGCCGCCAGUCACGGAAAUGCCUGCUACGUUCAAUCUGGAGCUCGUGCCCGGCCAACACGUGGUCCUAGAAACAACCGUUGCUUCUGCUGAUGACGUCGAUAUGGCCCGCAUGGAAGACGGUACCGUUGUCGAUGGCCAGUUCUGGGGCAAGCUGAACAUAGUGCAUGACGGCGGCACUCACACUGUCGACUUCACAGGCACCCGUAUACUCAACCCUGACGUCCCACCCGACAUGCUGUUCGAUUCGCGUGUCAUGAGUAAACUCACGACCGCUGCCAAGCCUUCUUCUGUCAAAUGUCACCUGAGCAUCCUUUCACCCGCACAGCAGUAUUGCGAUGUCAUUCUCUCAGUCAACCCGCUAUGGAGGCUUGAACUUACAUGGCCUCCUGCGCAACCAGUUAACGAAACCAAAGUGAAAUAUUUUCUACGUGUUCACCCUGGUGGUGCGCUCGAGCAUUUUGAGAGUGAGAUGGUUACGACGUCGUUAUAUUACGAAGCUGUACCAGACCCAACGAUGGUCGACCCUAAUGAUUUUAUUGCACCCCGAAACGGAUACGCUAUGACUUUCCGAGAUUUUGUGCCCCACCUUAUGAGCGUCCUAGACCAGCUAGGCAUGUCCAUGCAUGCGCGAACCAACUUCAUCAAUAACAACAUCUCUGCAUUUUCAGCCCACAAAAACAUUGCCUACCGCUUCCUCUCCCCUUCGAAGAUCGCAGCCGCAAUUGACAUUUCAGUUACCUCUGACCCCUGCGUCUUUACGCGCCUAUUUCUUAUCUUCCGCGGGUUAUCGGACGACGAUGUGGGACUGUUUGCAGGUGCAGGCGAGAAGGAAGCGAAUUCGGUCAACUGGAGGGAGAUUGUGGGUUGGAGCGAGAAUUCGAAGGACACGACUCAGUUUAGGCUUCUUGAAACUUCUGUGUUUGAAGUUACCUAG